AUGGGGCAGCAGCCUGGAAAAGUUCUUGGGGACCAGAGGAGGCCAAGUCUGCCUGCCCUGCACUUUAUCAAAGGAGCAGGGAAGAAAGAAUCAUCUAGGCAUGGAGGCCCACAUUGCAAUGUCUUCGUGGAACAUGAAGCCCUUCAGAGGCCAGUAGUAUCCGAUUUUGAGCCCCAGGGUCUGAGUGAAGCAGCCCGUUGGAACUCCAAGGAAAACCUCCUGUCUGGUCCUAGUGAAAAUGACCCCAAUCUUUUUGUUGCACUAUAUGAUUUUGUGGCGAGUGGGGACAACACUCUCAGCAUAACUAAAGGUGAAAAGCUCCGUGUCUUGGGCUACAAUCAUAACGGGGAAUGGUGUGAGGCCCAAACAAAGAAUGGGCAGGGCUGGGUACCAAGUAACUACAUCACCCCAGUGAAUAGUUUGGAGAAACAUUCCUGGUACCAUGGACCAGUGUCGCGCAAUGCCGCCGAGUACCUGCUGAGCAGCGGAAUCAAUGGCAGCUUUCUGGUGCGGGAGAGUGAGAGCAGUCCAGGACAGAGGUCUAUAUCACUGAGAUACGAGGGAAGGGUGUACCACUACAGGAUAAACACUGCAUCUGAUGGAAAGCUGUAUGUCUCCUCCGAGAGCCGCUUCAACACUUUGGCAGAGUUGGUCCAUCACCAUUCGACUGUAGCAGAUGGGCUCAUCACCACUCUACACUACCCAGCACCCAAGCGCAACAAGCCCACUAUCUACGGAGUGUCUCCAAACUAUGACAAGUGGGAGAUUGAGAGAACCGACAUCACCAUGAAGCACAAACUUGGAGGGGGCCAGUAUGGAGAGGUGUAUGAAGGAGUCUGGAAGAAAUAUAACCUUACAGUGGCUGUGAAGACCUUAAAGGAGGACACCAUGGAGGUAGAAGAGUUCUUAAAAGAAGCCGCAGUCAUGAAAGAGAUCAAGCAUCCUAACUUGGUGCAGUUAUUAGGGGUAUGUACACGGGAACCUCCGUUCUACAUCAUCACAGAGUUCAUGACUUAUGGGAAUCUGUUGGAUUAUCUGCGCGAGUGUAACCGGCAGGAGGUGAAUGCUGUGGUGCUACUGUACAUGGCGACUCAGAUCUCCUCAGCCAUGGAGUACCUGGAGAAGAAAAACUUCAUUCACAGGGAUCUUGCUGCCAGAAACUGCCUUGUAGGGGAGAACCACUUGGUGAAGGUGGCAGAUUUUGGUCUGAGCAGGCUGAUGACAGGUGAUACAUACACUGCCCAUGCUGGAGCCAAGUUCCCAAUCAAAUGGACUGCACCAGAAAGUCUGGCUUACAACAAAUUCUCCAUUAAGUCUGAUGUCUGGGCCUUUGGCGUCCUGCUAUGGGAAAUCGCAACAUACGGCAUGAGCCCUUACCCUGGAAUUGACCUGUCUCAGGUGUAUGAGCUGUUGGAGAAAGACUACCGCAUGGAGCGGCCUGAAGGUUGCCCUGAGAAAGUCUAUGAGCUCAUGAGAGCAUGCUGGCAGUGGAGCCCUUCUGAUAGGCCCUCGUUUGCUGAAAUCCACCAAGCAUUUGAAACGAUGUUUCAAGAAUCCAGCAUAUCAGACGAGGUGGAGAAAGAGUUGGGGAAAAAAGGCAUGAGAAGCGUAGUGAGUAACUUCCUGCAGGCUCCAGAACUACCGACCAAAACAAGAUCGUCCAGGAGAGCUGCUGAAAGCAAAGAUGCCAGUGAGAACAUGGAGAUGGCGCAUCCUAAAGGACAAGGGGAAUGUGACCCUCUGGAGCAUGAACCUGCUGUUUCUCCCUUGCUCCCACGGAAGGAAAGAGUUGCCCUGGAGAGCAGUUUAAAUGAAGAUGAGCGGUUGCUUCCAAAAGACAAAAAGACCAACCUCUUCAGUGCUCUUAUCAAGAAGAAGAAGAAGACUGCCCCUGCCCCUCCGAAACGCAGCAGCUCCUUCCGGGAGAUGGACGGCCACUCGGACCGCAAGGGUGGGGGUGAGGAGGAAAGCAGGGAUGCCAGCAAUGGGGCUUUCAUCAUGCCCCCUGCAGAUGCCAUCGAUGCCUCAAAGUGCCAGGGCCCAAGCAAUGGGGCUGGAGUCACUAAUGGAGCUGUCACUGGGAACUCGGGCUUUUUAUCCCCCCACCUAUGGAAAAAAAACAGCGCCAUGACUAGCAACCGGCCGACAACCGGUGAAGAAGAGUGUAGUUCUAAUGCCAGCAAGCGCUUCCUGAGGUCCUGCUCAGCAUCGUGCGUACCCCAUGGAGCCAAGGACACGGAGUGGAGAUCCGUGACGCUGCCCAGGGAUUUGCAGUCCACAGGGCGGCAGUUUGAUUCCUCCACCUUCGGCGGGCACAAGAGCGAAAAGCCAGCCCUGCCUCGGAAGCGGGCGAAUGAGAACAAGACGGAUCUUGCUGUCAAGGGGACGGUGACGCCUCCUCCCCGGUUGCUGAAGAAAAAUGAAGAGACAACUGACGAUGUAUUCAAAGACACAGAGUCCAGCCCUGGCUCCAGCCCACCCUCUCUGACACCAAAACUUGUACGCAGGCAACCUAUAAUCGCUCCUUCCUCCAGCCUGUCCCACAAGGAUGAUGGCAUCAAAUCCAGUGCCUUAGGUACCAUUGGGAUGGCAGACCAAGGUCCUACUGUCAAACCCAACUCUGCUGGGGUUGUGGUCACCAGCAAGGCUUCCACGGAGGAGCCAAGGAUGAGGAGGCUCAAGCAGACUUCCGAGUCGUCAGGAAAGGACAAGGUGAAGUUAUCAAAGCUUAAACCGGCCCCUCCGCCUCCACUCUCCUCAGCUUCCAUUGGGAAGCCUGGAAAAUCAUCCCACAGCCCCAGCCAGGAAGCAGCAGAUGCAGGGUCUGGUACUAAAUCUAAACAGUUGACUCAGGUUGCAGACACUAUAAGCAGUGAUGCCGCCAAGCCAAACCAGUUAGGGGAGGGUGUAAAAAAGCCUGGGCUCCCCUCUGUACCAAAGCCACAGUCCUCCACAAAGCUGCUGCUGACCACAGCGGCCCCAGCCCCCUCUUCCUCAUCUGCCCCGAGCGGAGACCAACCAUCGUCAACAGCCUUCAUCCCUCUCAUAUCCACCAGAGUCUCCUUGCGCAAAACCCGCCAGCCUCCAGAGAGGAUAGCCAGUGGCACCAUCACCAAGGGAGUGGUAUUGGAAAGCACCGAGGCCCUGCGCAUUGCCAUCAACAAGAACUCCGAACAAAUGGCGAGCCACAGCGCCGUCUUGGAGGCCGGCAAAAACCUCUACACGUUCUGCGUGAGCUACGUGGACUCCAUCCAGCAGAUGAGGAACAAAUUUGCCUUCCGUGAGGCCAUCAACAAGCUGGAGAAUAACCUUCGGGAGCUCCAGAUCUGUCCAGCCACCGCCAGCAGCGGCCCUGCAGCCACGCAGGACUUUAGCAAACUUCUCAGCUCGGUGAAGGAAAUCAGCGAUAUUGUUCAGAGGUAG